GGCAACUAAAAUAAUAUACCCAAAGAACAAAGCCUUUUUACUUCCGGCCACCGUCAUCCGGAGAAAAUCCACGAAAGCUGAAAUCGGAAGACGACCGGUUUUUAUUCAUUCAGUUUAUGAAGAUUACAGUAGCUUCUAUGUUUUAAUCAACUCUUGUGAAUCAAAUUGGGAACAAGGAGUGAAGCUGUUAGAAUGGGAGAAGUGAAUUAUAUGCGAGAGGAGGAUGUAAAGCUGGACGCUGUACGGGCUAGAUUUUCAAAUGUUCUUAAAAGACAUUCGGAGCUAGCAGAGCGUCUUUCUAGGGAUUCUGAUAAGUCGAUUUUUGAUCGUCUACAAAAGGAAUUUGAAGCCGCACGUGCUUCUCAAACUCAAGAACUCAUCUUAAAAGGUGAGCAAUGGAAUGAUGGCUUAUUGGCAACAAUAAGAGAGCGGGUACACAUGGAGGCUGAGAGAAAGGCUAUGCAAAUGCCAGGGGAUACAACCCAGUUGCCAAUUCCAUUUCAUGAUAAAAUUACCUACAAAGUUGGGAAUAAGGUUAUUUGUUGCUUGGAUGGAGCAAGGAUAGGCAUACAAUAUGAUACUUCAUUUGCAGGCGAAUCUUGUGACCUAUACCACUGUGUGCUUGAGAGCAAGUCAUUUCUGGAGAAGAUGACUGUUCUGGAACAUACAGUCCCUUUUUUCUUGCCAAUACGUGAAGCUGAAAACGAGUUUCUCUCGUCAAAUGCAAUAAGAUUUAUUGACCAUGUUGGAGAUCUGUUGCAAGCCUAUGUAGAUAGACGGGAACAGGUUCGGCUUAUUAAAGAGUUGUAUGGAAAUCAAAUUGGUGAACUCUAUCAUAGUCUUCCAUACCAUAUGAUCGAGUUUGUGAUUGAAGAUUUUGAUUCCAAGGUGACAGUGAGUCUGAGAUAUGCAGAUCUGAUCUCUACACUACCCACUGGGGUUAGUGUCCUGGCAUGGCCUAUGUACCAAUCGAAGAAAUCUUCUGAUAAAAUUGCCCUUCAUCUGAAAGGAAAUGGAGUUGGAAGUCACCCUAUCCCAGCGCGUUUGACAUAUGCAGAGGAUGCACUCCGAACCAUGAGUCUGCCAGAAGCAUAUGCAGAAAUUGUCUUGAAUCUUCCUCAAGCUCUGCAGGACAUGUUUCCCCACACAAGCUCCACAUAGUUGUAGUUAUUCGUGACCUGUAGUAGCGCCUUGUUGCAUGCUGUGUAGCGAAUGCUCUGGUUGUAAACUGAAUGUUUUUCCCCUUUAUACAUGUAUAGUCUGAAAAUCCAGUGUAGUGAGGCGUGAACGCCUUCUUUUUGGCAACUCUUAAACUUAGUUCAGGAAAAUUUGCCUUUGUUAUCUGUUCUAACGAUUAUGUUUUUGGGGAAGAAAUGGAAUAGAAUUUACAAU